AUGGCGGAGGAGGAGGGCGGCGAGUUUUUCGACUGCGAAAUAAUUUCAGAGAUUCUGGCGAGGCUGCCAGUCAAAUCUGUGGUGCGAUUCCGGUGUGCAUCCAAGUGGUGGAGUGCUCUGAUCUCCGACCCUUACUUCACAAAGAAGCUCUUGAGCUACUCAAAAGAGGGCAUCACCGAGAACACCUCAAGGCUCCUUUAUUCAUUGGACCCUCCUCAAUCUCUAGACUACGAAGCACUGAAGGAUUUGAAGGAUCACAGUGAUGGUUCUUUUGCCAACAGAGUUCUUGAUUUUCCGGGACGGAUUCUCUCGCGCUAUUAUAAUGUCGAAAAUGGCCCGCGUCAUGCUAACACAAUAUGGUUGAUGAAGGAGUAUGGGGUCAAGCAAUCUUGGACUCAAGUUUUGAGGUGUUCCAGAGAGGAUUUUCCUGAAGGGAAGAAAGAUGUUCUCAUGGAGCCUUUUUGCAUUCUAGAGAGUGGAGAAGUUUUAGUUUAUGAUUUGCGUGCACAUCUCCUGGUGUUAUAUGAUCCGGAGGAAAAUACAUUCAAGAAUGUUACCAAGACUCAUCAUCUAUUGAAUUUUGGAGCUUUCGUUUACAGAGAGACUUUAGUUUCACCAGUAAGCGGUAGUGUUGUAGACAUUUGA